AUGGCGACUCCGGAGCUUGCCAUCGCAAAGGCCACUCUCUCUGCGACGCUGUUCCGCGCCGACCCGACCUCUCUCAGCCGCCCAGCUGUCGAAACCUUCUUCCCACUCGUCACCUCCGCCCUCGCCCAGUGCUCCCGCCCCAACGUCCAGAAAUGCAAGGCCUGGGUCGUUGACAAUAUUGCGCCGUCUCCCGCGCGCGUUGUAGCCCUCGUCAAGUACUUGGCGGCGCUGUCCAAGAACCUGCAGGAUGAUGGCGAGAAACCCAGUGUCAAGAGGAGGAGACUGCAUGUUCUCUACGUGGUAAACGACGUGUUACAUCAUGUUGUGAAGAGGAAGGGCGACGCCAAGUUUGCGACAGUGUGGGAUGCUGGCCUCCCUAGCCUGAUCGCGAGCGCCGCCGCCUUUGACAACUGCCCGAAGCACAAGAAGAAACUCGAGAAUCUCAUCGACCUGUGGGAGGAGAAACAAUACUUCAGCUCUGAUCUCGUCUCCAAGCUUCGGGACGCUCUCGCGAAGGGCAUCGUCUCGCAAAUCUCUACGGUUCCCCAACCCUCGACGACCUCUCUCAAACUUGCCAAAGACACACCAUAUACCCUCCCCUCCCUUCAUGGCGACCCGACAUCGCCAUGGUACGAUCUUCCCGCUGCGUCAUGGCUACCUCACCUCACGCCGAACUCUACAAAGCCCAUGAUCCCUGAACUUAUUCGGCCGAUCCAACUGGUCUCGGGGCCGGCCGACAAGGCUCUUGCGACCGCCGUGAAGAGCCUCCUCUCCGAUGUUGAGCGCCUGUUCUCGAAGGACCAGAAGAUGGAUGACGACCCUCACAUUGACCUGAAUGAAUUGGGUGAGAGAGUGGUCUUGGAUGAAAUCACAGGAGAGAUUGUCGGUGGCGAGACUUACUAUGGUUGGUCACGCCAAUUCUGCGAAAAGAUGACGGAGAGGAGGAAAAAGAAGGCCAAGGGCGCAAACAGAGGACGGUCGCACUCACGGUCGAGUAGCUACUCACGCGGCGGGUCACGAAGCCUGUCACCGCCCGCUUUCAAGCGUCGACGGCUCUCUAACGACUCGAGAGGCCGUAGUCCGUCGCGCAGCAAAAGCCCUAACCGACCCCAUCGCCAGCCUCGCGAUCGAAGCCGAAGUCGCAGUCCGGCCAGACGGUUCGACCGCUCUAGCCACCGCAGGUCCUACAGCAGAUCACCCUCUCGCUCGCGUUCACCGCCCCCUUACCGUCGCGACGGCCCCAGUCGCCUCCCUCCACAGCCGCCGUACGCUCCUCCGUCAUCCUUCCCUCCGAUCCCUCCUCCGCCCGGCGAUUUCCCUAUUCCUCCACCACCGCCAGCCGGCUAUCAAGGCCCCUGGCCGCCGCCAUUUCCGCCUGCGCCACCCAUGGGUGGUCACCCGGGAGUCAUGUUCCCGAACCCCGGUAUGCCGUCGCAGAUGAUGGGCAGCUGGCCCGCUCCUCCACCUCCUCCACCGCCGCAUAUGCCACCUUACAACAAUCACUUCGACGGCGGAAGGGGUAGGGGAGGAUACCGGGGUCGUGGAAGAGGCGGGUAUGACCGCGGCCGAGGAGGUUGGUAA